ACUCCUGCACUUCCGGGUUAAUGUUGUUUGCUGAUAAGAGUCGACUAGAGGUCAUGUAAUAAAGUGUGUCUCUUGCCUUAUUGACUCGUAAUCCGCGUAAUCCCAUGGCUACUGCAAAAACACUAUUGUUUGUAUAAUCGUGCUGUGCUUCUUGGAUCAGUCAUGUCGCAGUCUUCGUCUGGAUUCACUCCGGCUGCUCAAGAAUCACAUGGGUCGAGUAAGGGCGCUUUUAAUGCCUCUUAUAUUCCCAAUGAAGAAGAGAGGCGUGUCUUCAGAGAGUGCAAUUCAGAAAGCCUCUGGUACAGAUCCUUGCCAUUUUCUGCCAUUGCAGUUGCAGCGACUCAGGUAAUGGUAUCAAGAGGUACGUUCACAUCCUCUUUUUCAGGUUGUCACAGAAAUUCUAGAUUUACCUGGGUAUUAAAAAAAAUGGGAAAAGUCAUUAAAAACUAUAAAAUCUCAAGUAAUGAAACUUUUUAUUGUAGACUGAGAAUACCUUACUCCAAUCGCCCAGAUUUGGCUCUCUUUCCUAAGUUGGCAUUACCUUUGAAUAUUUGUGAUUUUUAUGCAGUUGCCGGCAUGUUUGGAUACAUUACUGGGAAAAUGUCUUACAUGAGGGUCUGUGAAGAAAAGUUUAGGAAACUGGAGAACUCCCCGCUGGGAGAGGCACUACGACAGAGACGUCUGCAUCACAUGCCUUCAGAGCUAAACCAGUCAGACUUUGAAGGUCCAAACCCAUCAGAAUCUCAACAGUCUGUUUCGGAGUCAGAAGUCAGUUCUUUGCCUGAGAGCGACAGCAGUUACACCAGUGACUACACCUACAGCAGACCCUCCCAAUCAUACGACCCCACUCCUUUCAGUUCUGGAUUCAGUGAUUCUGGUCCUGUUAACAUCAGGGAUGAUAUUUCUCCUCAAGCUCCACUCUAUCCAGAUGAGGAUGUGCCCAAAAAGAAGCCAGUGUUGUAUGAGGAACUGCGUAGCAAGAAUAGAGAGAACUAUGAGGUCACUCUCACACAGAAAGCUGAAACCCAGAUGAAACCACAAACAGUGGCACCAGUACCUAGGAAGGAGGUGAGCUUCACUGACUGA